CCUCACGGCCCCGCUCCGCGCCGGCUCCUGCGCGGCGACGGAAGCAGCGUGGAAGGCGGAGCGGGAGGGCGGUGUUAAAGCGGCGGCGGAUUCACGCCGUACCGGGCCGCUCCGGGCCGAUGGAGCCGGGCGGCGAGGUCGGCUGCUGGUUCCUGUACUACGCGUACGGCAGCAACCUGCUGCGGGAGCGGCUGCUGCUGCGCAACCCCUCGGCCGCGCUCUGCGCCCUGGCGCGCCUGCAGGAUUUUAAGCUUGAGUUUGGCCAUCAUCAAGGCAGGACAAGUUCUGUCUGGCAUGGAGGUACAGCUACCAUUGCUCAGAGCCCUGGAGACGAAGUGUGGGGAAUAGUGUGGAAAAUGAACACUUGCAAUUUAAGUUCACUGGAUAAGCAAGAGGGAGUUGAGGAUGGCAUUUAUGUCCCAAUAGAAGUUAAUGUCCACACUCAAGCAGGAAAGGUACUGACCUGUCGAAGCUACCAGAUGAAGGACUAUGUCUCUGGUCCCCCUUCUCCACAGUAUAAAAAGGUUAUCUGCAUGGGUGCAAAACAGAAUGGCUUGCCAACUGAUUAUCAGGAGAAAUUAGAAGCUAUUGAAACUAAUAACUAUGCAGGCCCGGUGCCAAUCAUGGAAGAGAUUGAAGCUGCUAUUAAAGCAGAGAAAAUAAAUUCUGCAUAGACUACCUCUGCAUUUGCUUGGCCAUUCACCUUGAUUUAGAUACCUCUCCUCACUGUGCUGAUCAGCAGUUUCUUUAUCAAGAAAAGAUGAGUUUGCUGUGCAUCUACAGUAAACCAUUAGACAUAAGUUCCAGUCUGAAGACACACUGACAUUGGUAACUUCUUUUUGUAUGUAUAGCUUGAGUACAUGCUGAAGUACAUGCUGCAAGUAGUGCAGAUUUAGAAAUUAUCUUUCAUUAAUUGUCACACAGUGCUGCAUGCAAAUUUAUGCUUCAUGUCCAGUUUACUGACUUUUUUAAAAGAAAAAGGCCAUUUUCAUGAGUUUUGGCACCUGUUGCCUUCUGAGGAGUAAAGGCUGCAGGAUCAGGACAUCUGUUUGUAAAAGUUUUAUGUAUACAUGACUACAUUUGUUAGAUGCAAAGUAAACUCAAAACUCUUAAGGCUAAACCUUUUUCUCUGCUACUUCCCUUAAUGGUUUAAAGGCCAACCUAUCUGAAUGCUAUGGUGUUUCUGUUUUAUAGUUAAGAAAAAAAGAAAAGUAGCAUUUUUUUAACUCCUUCCAUGUUUUAAAGCAUAAGUCCAAAAGCCUAGGCCUGAAGACAACAUUCAGCAAAGCAUCUCAUUCAAACCAUCAUAGCUUCCUCCUUUCAAUGUCUAGUGGUUGUUAUAGGUAAACUGGUUAGCUACAACCAAGAGAUUUUUAAAGAAUUCAUUUUAGUCUGAUAUUUCCAAGAGUUUUUUUCUAAUUGCCUUUUUGGCUGGCUUGUUUGCCUAUCUAGGCAUUGGUCCAGUGAAAUCAGAGUCUCCUUUGAACCUUAGCACAUUUAUUCUGUAGUUUUGUUUGUCUGUUAAUUAAGAGACUAAAUUAAGAGAUUUGGCCUCUUGUAAUUUUUUGGGGUUUUUUCUCCUCACAGCUUUGACAAUCCAAUGCGAAACUGGAAGCUUUUAUAACAUACAGAGUGUUUAUUUUCAUGGUACUUUGCAACCCCUGCAGUUAGUCUGUGGGAGAUGAGAAAAGUUGACAACCUGGAAGAUGUCAAAUCACUGAGAUUUGGCUUAUCUUCUUUCUCUACAGUGUAUUUUUUUUUCUCUUGAUGUACAGAGAGUUGUAAGAUAUAAUUGAUGUCACUGUGUGACAGCUUAGAUAAACAAAUAAUAAAAUAACAGACUGACCAUGUCUUCUCUGUAUACAAUAUUUUCUAUAAACUUCUGCCAGAUAUGUGUAGCUGCUGUGCUGAUGUAAUAUGCCCGUUUCCAGAGCUGGGCAUGGUGACUGCUGUAAAACAUGGUAUUUUCUGUAUUAGCACUGUCUAGUUUGAGUAAAUAAAAUUGUGAUUCCCAAACCUC